GUUAUAUGUGGUAACUGCGCGUGUUCCAGGCUGAUCAGGGUAAAGGAAUUGAAAGAUGGCGGCACCACCGGAACCAGCAGCGACGCAGGUGGUGGACGCGCGAUUCUGCGCGCCGGAGGCCACGGCGUUCGCGGUGACCAAGAUAAUCAGCGUGACAGGGCGUGACUUCACCGUCACGGACGUCACCGGCGCCGCCGUGAUGCAGGUGGAGGCCGCGGUGUUCGCCUUCCAGCGGCGCUCCCUCCUCCUCGACGGAGCCGCGCGACGCCCGGUGCUCACCAUGCGGGAUUCGGGCCUCUUCAUGAGCACUAGAUGGGAGGUGUUCAGGGGGGACAGCACCAGCGGGAGGAACCUGCUGUUCACCGUGGUGAGGUCGUCGGCGUUCCAGGUCAGGACCAAGAUCUACGUGUUCCUGGCCGGCAACGCCAGCGAGCAGGCGCCCGACUUCGUCAUCCGGGGCAGCUACUACGACGGCGCAUGCACCGUCUGCACUGGCAACUCGGACGCGGCCAUUGCUCAGGCGAGCAGCAUCUUUAUCACCCGCCAAAACACCGCGGGAGGCGCACUACUCGGGAGGCACACAUACACUGCUAGAAUCAACCCAGGCGUCGACCGUGCGUUCAUCCUGGCACUAACCGUGAUUCUGGACGAGAUGCAUCACCAUAGAUAGAAUUUUGAAAUUGCCGCAAUUUUUCAAGAAAGAUAUCACGAGUAUUAUCCCUCGAGUAAGUGUUGGAGAGUUUGCUUUAGUUUCUGUUGUGUUGUAAGAAUUUUACUGUAUUUCAAGUGAUGCCUGUAAACAUGACUGAAUUGUCUGAAAAUGGUCUCUCUUCCCAUA